AUGCCACCUACGCUCUUGAUAACGCUGAAUUCUGCUUGCCUUCUGCGGUCUGCCAAGUGGAAGGUCCAGUGCACCCUGGCCUUCUUCCAUGAGCUUGCUGUGAUCCUUGGGGAUCAGUUAACAGCAGCCCACCUGCUACCCGUCUUCAACGGAUUUCUAAAGGACCUGGAUGGAGUACAAAUAGGAGUCCUCAAACACCUGUAUGACUUUCUAAAGGUGGUGGCAAUUCUGCAGAAGUUCUGUUCAAACAAUGACAGUGCACUGGGGUUCUGUUUCAUCAUGAACUCAUCCUACGGUUCCGGCACUGUUCUAAGUGGUUCAGAAGGCAAGCAUUUGCUUUCAUUUGUCAGCUUGCCAGCAACCUGCCCUCCAGUUCCUGUGUUCUAA